AUGGUGGAGAUUUACGGACCGUUCAUCUUCAUCAAACUUGUCUACAAUCCCGCCGCGAGGCCGUGCAAAUGCUCUGUACCUCGAUGCCGCGGAAACUACACGGGGGACACGAAGGUGCACGUCUUCAAGUUCCCGAGAGAUCAAGCUCUAAGGGACGCUUGGAUUCGCGCUGUGCCACGGGAAAACCUCACGGUCACCGAACAUUCCAGGGUAUGUGAACUUCAUUUCAUGGACGAGGACAUUAUUCGAGACGCGACGCAUACAGAUCAAGCAACUGGCCGCGUAAUGACAGUGCCGCUAUCUCAUGUGCGCCUUCGCCCAGACGCUGUACCGUCGAAGUUCCCGAAUCAUUCGAGCUACUUGUCCAGAAAGACCGCGAGGAGGGAAGAUCCUGACUCCAAGCGCGCGCGAAUAGAGAAUGCAGCCCUUCAGAAAGCCAUCGCUGAAUCCAACGAGGCAUUUAUCAGAGCACGCGAGGAGGAUAAAGUCAACAGUGUGAGCGAACUUGCCAACCACUUAAGGAGCCAAGGGAUGAAGUUCUGGGAUGUUAUCGAAAGAAAUGAAAGGCUUCUUCUCAUUCACAUUGUCGACGAUGAAGCACCGUGGUUGAAAUACUCUGUUUGUGUGAAAGGAGAUUUGAGCGUGACACUACACGUUAUGAAAACGGCCGUAAAAAAGCUCGGUGCAAAUCUCUGCGUUCCCGAAAUCGCUAACAGUAAAAGGGGUAUGGUGGAACUCCUGGAAGGCAUCGAGAAGUGGGACUGUGACCUGAUGCCCAACUCAGUCGCCGAAAUUUGCGAGGCCGUUUGUUUACUGCUUGAUCAGCUUUGCACGUCCCAAGCAGAAGAUGACGCCAACUGUAUUCAAUUUCUGAAAGAGCAAGUCACCUUGCACCUAUCGAAAAAACAGCGCAGGCGCUACUCUGCUGAUUUCAUGAUGUUUUGCUGUAUUGUUUUCACUAUAUCGCCCCAUGUAUACGCGUUCAUACGUAGCCAUGGAAGCAUCACCUUGCCGCAUCCUAUGACGAUAAGAUCAGUGUGCUCGUCUUAUGGUAUGAGUCCUCAACAAGAGCAUCAGAGUGAAACAUUCCUCAGCUACAUGACAACAAGAAUUUCUGACCUGAAAGAUGACCAGCGCUUUGUCACAGUUAUGGUUGAUCAAAUACAUAUAAAACCUUACUUUGACUACAAAGGAGGCAAUAUUACCGGCGCUGCAAUUAAUAGAAAUGAAGCUGCCAACUGUGCGCUCGUUUUCAUGGAAGACGUUAUCUUCAACGUCUUCGAGUAG